CCUUUUGAAGAGAUGAUCUGCCGCCACGAGAGAGGUUGUCGAAGGGCAAGUCCUGCGAGCCAAGACCUGAGAGCGAGAGCAAAGGCAGAGUACGCGAAGUCGGCUGAGUUACGGAGAACAAGGUUUACACCUUGCACUUUGCACAAACCCCGGAUAAAGCCUGUCGGAGUCGGACUUCGAAAUCGGUGCCUUCUGUUUGCUGCUGCGUCCAACCCUGGAAUGGACUAAACCAGUCGACAUCCUUGGCUGGUGGUCCGAAAGAUCCCAAAUGAGGGGAUCAUGGUUCGGAUGCGGCGUCGUUCAAGCCAAAAAUCGACUGUAGGCCAUCCCGCUACUCUGAGAUCUCACAUCUUCCAUCAUUCGUCCUAAACAGUUCUCGCAACUGGCAUCCAAGAGCGAUGUGAAUGGGUCCCAGGAUCGUACGAGGCGCAGGGGCAACCCUCAUUGCCGCCUGCCAAUCCACACUUGACUAUGGCCCAGUCGGAGCGCCCGAUGAUGUCGACGACUAAGGGCAUCGAUGGGGCUGAUCCAUCCUCCUAGAUGUUUCUAGCCCUGGGGGUUUCAUACGCUGGCUGGGGUCGGCUACCCAAGGGUCGCUCGGGCGGUGAUCUCGGUCUCACCGCCACAAAUUACCCCGGAUCCCACACACGCAACAGCGCCCGAUGGAUUACGAUGGUUCAUUCUGCUGGUCUACGGGAGGGCAAGCUGAUUAGUAUCAUGCAAGCACAGAACUUGUGUCCGUACGGAACGCACCUCUCGUGCCCGAGGGCACUGAAGUCACUCGCGCUACCAGCUGUCCAAUCGCAUUCCGAAAUGACGGAGUUUCUGUUCCUGGGAUUCGCUCGUCAACGCAACCUAGGAGUCAGGACAACGUCCAACCUGGUGCUCCUGGCCUCGUGCGACGG